AUGUCUCAUUUCACUCGUCCGUCAUGUCCCAACUCCUCACCUCUAGCCUUGCACAAUGCUCGCUACAACGGGUGGCCCAGUCCUCCAGUACAGCUUCCACGUGUCGAUUCGCCUUCAUUCAACAAGCCCGCUGAACAGCGCGAUGCGUUUGCAAUCGAUCCCCCCUCGAACCGUCUCCCUCAUGACGGUAAUGCCACUCAUACCCAACACCACCCUAUUCGUCCCCAAUGUGACACUCACCCACAUGCAAAUUCUGGGGUGCAAGAUAUAAUGUGUCCUGUUGAAUCCCGACGACGCGACGUUUCUAACUCAUGCAUGUACAACGGUGGCACUCGCCAAAAUCCAUCUCUCCAAUGCGCUUUCGAGACGCGCACCGCAGUUCGACAUGACAAAGAGAACGCAGCGAUCAAACGUGAUCCCGUACGACGAACCAAUGAUUCAAUGCCACUUAUCGACCAGGACACACAAAGCGGCCUCCCCCUAGCAUACCGUAUUCUUGCGGCGGGACCAUGCGUGCCGCUGGUGUACGAUUUGCGAUACCCACCCACCUCUCUCCAAUUUCCACCAUCAUCUCCGUACGCAGGACGGGGAUAUGAGCUCCUUCGAGUCCCACUCACGCCACGGUCCAAGCAAAUACGGCUGAUCAGCCAAGACUUUCCCUGGGCAUUCGACAUCGAACUCAGUGCCGGAGAACAGGACACGACGUUUGAAGUCCUUACUGCGCUACACGCUGCAUUACAGCGUCCACUCACAGAUACGGAGUGGGGUACCGCUGAAGAGGAUAAACACGCAAGUCUCAUAAGAGCGCGCGAACGUCGGCUAACUAUGAAUCCUGCUUUGGGCGGGAGCUUGAAUUCCAAGGCAUCCCCCACUGUUAAGCCUAGAGUGAGAUUCACAUUUGAUGUGGAUGUGAAGCCUGCGCAACGAGAGCUGGUGAUACUCCGUGUGGAUUGGCUUGGGACUCAUGUUGGGUUUGGGGGGCUCGUCAAGGAUGACGCGUUUGCGAGGAGGAGACUCAUUCCGGGUGCGAGGGAGCCACCUGAGACGUGGGUUGUGAAGUUUCAGAGACUAGUAUAA